GAGUUGGCAAGCCUUUUCCCCAUCUACAUCCUCAAGCACAUACGGCGGCGGUGCUGGACCCCUGGACAGGACUCAGCAUGGCGUCUGUAGGUCAAGUGGGCCUUUCGCCCGCCUCUCACAGUAGCAAGAAGGUAGCAGUCAGUCCAAAAUCCAUCGUCCGCCUCAUCCAAGAUAUCAUCCAGUCACCCCAAUUCUGGGAUGGACUCCGCGUAUUCGGCAUAGGCGCUGCAAUUGCAGGCAGCAAAUGGCUGGCCGAAACAGUCUGGGAGUCACUCAAGUCGCUCGUCCUCUGCAGAGCCGUACUGCGUGCGGGGGCAGAUGGCGGCGGAGGUGAUGCGUAUCAGUGGGCGAUGCUUUACGUGACACGACACACGCAAUGGGAGGAGGAUGCGCGUGAUGUGGAGAUCACUACGGUCAGCAAGCUGGCAUACGAUAGCUUCAACGGGGACGACGAAGAGCAGGCUGCCAAGCAUGCCAGUGGUGGGGAGAGCAAGUCUGGGCUCGACGGCGUCUACCUCUACCCGAUCGAGUCGACGACCGUGCGGUUCCGCUUCCACUCAACUUGGGUCUUUGCCACGCGCACGAGAUCCCGCAACGGCGACUCCUCCAUUGAAGAAAGACUGGAUCUCUCCUUCCUCACCUGGUCAAGCAAGACGAUGCGCCAAUUCAUCGCAGAGGCGCGAGCUCUCUACGAGCAGAGUGAGCGCGGCCGCAUUGUAGUCUACAACAUUGAUCGCUACGGCUACUGGUCUCGCUCGCGCGUCAUCACUCGACGGCUGCGCGACUCUCUCUUCCUCCCGACCAACAUCAAAGUCCGCGCCCUCGACGAUGCCCGACGCUUCCUCUCGGAGCCGGCCCGCCUCUGGUAUGGAGACCGCGGCAUUCCUUAUCGCCGUGGCUUCCUCUUCCACGGGCUGCCAGGGACGGGCAAGACUUCCCUUGCCCAUGUACUGGCGAGCGAGCUGCAGCGCCCCAUCUAUCAGUUGAGCUUGAGUGGAGGACUGAAUGACUCAAAGUUUGCCGAGCUGAUGACGAGCGUGCCGAGUGGGAGCGUCGUGGUGCUAGAGGAUGUAGAUUGCGCCUUUGGGUCGCGUGGGACCACGGAAGGUGGGGAGGAGCAUGGCGAUCGCGCUCGCAUCACUGGCACUACCGCGGCUGGCUCAUCCGCAACACCUCAACGCUCUGCGGCCCCUUCCCCAGCUCCCUCUACAGGCGGACCUCAAGGCGCCGGACCUGCCUCCCUCACCUUCUCGGGCCUCCUCAACGCAAUCGACGGCAUCACGGCAGGCGAAGCAAGGCUACUUAUCCUCACUACGAACCAUCGCAAUCGCCUCGACCCUGCUCUCGUCCGCCCAGGGAGGGUUGACGUGGAAUUCGAGUUCGGCAACGCGAACCGUCAGCAGGCGAGGGAGCUCUUCGAGAGAUGCGACGAUACCUCCGUUUCGCUGGGCGUCACCCCGCCACCCGUGUCCCGGGAAGAGCUACUCGAGGCGGCAGAAGUAUUCGCACGCGCUACAAGGCCGGGGAGGUACAGUGUUGCUCAUCUGCAGGGCUUCUUGCUCGCGCGCAUGGGGAUGGGGCCGAGGGAAGUUGCGGAGGCUUGGAGAAUGCAGGAAGAGGGUGGGAGUGAGGGAAGGCUGGUCUGA